AUGUCGGCAGCAGACUACUAUCGUGGAGACGACAAGCAACAAUUCAACCGCCCUCCCGCGGCGCCACCCGCCGGCGACAGGGGUUACCCGGGUCAAGGCUAUGAUCAAGGCUAUCAGCCGCAGCAGGCCUACUACCAGCAGCCGGCACCCCAGGCGAUGCCACCGCAGGGCUACUACGCCGAGCAGCCUCCGAUGCCGCCGCCCCAGGGGUACUACGGUCCUCCUCCGCAGCAGCCGAUCUAUGUGCAGCAGCCUGCGCAGGCGCCGAGCAAGAACGACAGCUGCCUGGUUGCAUGUCUAGGAGGGAUGUGCUUGUGCUACACGCUGGACAUGCUAUUCUGA